AUGUAUUAUAAGUUCAGCGGCUUCACUCAGAAGCUAGUCGGGGCGCCGUCGGUCGAGGCUUGCAGCCCGCAGGGGUUCCGACCUUUUACCAACCCCAAGGCUCCAGCCCCCAUUUUUGCAACACCAACAAAACCUUCAGGUGAACCCUCAGCUUCUUCCUUCUUGAUCAAAAACAGAGUGCCAGAGCUGCAGAAAUUCUUCCAGAAACCUGACGGCAUACCUGUCCACCUAAAAGGAGGAUAUUUCGACAGACUUCUGUACCGAACCACUAUGGCAUUAGCAAUCGGAGGGGUCGGGCUAUUGCCUCAUAGCGAUCUUCAUGGCCGCACAGCCCAGAAAAAAAUA